AAACGACAGAAUGACUCCCUGGUACUGCGACACGGAUACCGGGUUAGGAGUUUUAUAAAAGGGUAAACAAAACCACUAAAUGGAGCCAUUGAGAAACUCGCAUACAAAGAAAACACUACAAAAUAAAAGUCGCUACUUGACAUGCAUGAAAGCCGUAAUGUUCAGAAUAUAAUCUGAGACCCGACAAUAUUCUUACGUGUGCAUAACUUUUAUCUGUCUGAAUAUAAGUCUGAAUAAGUCCAGCACGACAUAAAAAACGUGGCUACAUCAGAUUUUAUCUUACUUCUUAAUCACUGGGCCUUUUUUAAUUUUUUCUUAUGAUGUAAAAUCAUCUUUCGAUUAGUUUUUAUACAAAAUCUCUUUGACAUGCUGUAUUAAUUAGUAGUAAUUCUGCUUUCCUAUGUUAUAUAUGCGGCAUUACAAACAUAUAUAUUUUUUAAAACAUAUGCUAUAAAUAUUUAAAACGUAUAUUUUUCACGUCAAUAUUUAUAACGUCAAUAUUUUUUGGAGUGCGCUUUCAUUAUGUGCUUUACGGUAAAAGACGAAGGUUCGCGAGAGGCGGUGUUGAACUUUAAACCUUGAAUAUGCGGCGUUUGGAAAUUUGAAACAUCGCGCAUGCGCGGUGCAUCGCGCACGCUUUCAACAAGGAGAGCGCGAGGAAAUCAACAUGUCAUCAAAGAAAAAUAAAGGAAAAGGGAAAAAAUCACAGGAUGAAGAAAACAUCAGUUUCGGAUCACUGUCGGAUUUGGAUUCUUCUGGAUUUCUCGGACUGUGUGUAACAGACUUUAUAGAGAAAGCAGAAGAGAAAGCUCCGAAACGAUGCAGAUCAACUUUGGUUCAGAUGAGUCUGAACACCAUGAAAGGUGUUACCGCCUGUAUUGGACGACCUGUCCUCAUCAGCAGCCCUACAGGACACCAGGAGGUGUGUAUAGCAUGGCCUGCAGCCCAGUUUCCUGGGAGGAAAAUAGGUCUGAUGACUGACAUGCAGUGCAUUCUGGGUGUGAAGCCUGGAGAUGCAGUCAUAGUUGAGCCCAUCACUGGAGCUGUUCUUCAUGCAGAAGAGCUUCAGCUUAGCCUGAGAAAGGAGGACGAGUCUCUGGACACAGAAGAUUUUCGCAGCUUCCUCCUGCAGUCGUUAGACAGCAGGAUUCUGCUUCCAGGCAGUUCCUUCUUCGUGUCCUAUUUCGGCCGUAAGUGUGAGAUCAGUGUGACAUCUCUGAAGGGUGUAGAUGGAGUCACCCUCUCUUCUCCUUCUCCCCCUCUUCCUGCUCCAUCGCACCCUGAUUCUGAUUCGGAUGCUGCGCCUCUGGAUCUCUCUCUGCAUCUUGCUCAGCUGAACCUUAACCCUUCCUGCAGCACACCAAACCGAUCUUCAUCUUCCGCUCCUCUCGCUCCUGUCACUCCACACACACCUGACGCCACACCAUCCAGCCCGAGCACCCGUUUCCUGUCCGACAGCACUGUGUCCCCUAACUCAGAAACGCCUGGACAGUCCAUGCACGAGUCACAUAGAGACAGCAAAUCUCAGACGCCAUCUGCUGGUCGAAACGGGAAUGACACCUUCUACUCAGUCUGCAGCUCCACGAAAAUCAGCUUCACGCACACUCAGGACAGUGAGGGUGAGGAUCAGGAGAGGUCAAAGGUCACAUACGGUAAGAUUGGAGGGUUGAGCGAUCAGUUGCAAGUGAUCAGGGAGACGAUUGAGCUGCCGCUGAAACACCCCGAGAUCUUCAAAAAUUACGGAAUCCCACCCCCUAGAGGAAUCCUGCUGUAUGGUCCGCCCGGCACAGGGAAGACCAUGAUUGGACGAGCGAUAGCCAAUGAGGUUGGAGCGCACAUGUUCGUCAUCAACGGCCCUGAAAUAAUGAGCAAGUUUUAUGGAGAAACUGAGGCACGACUGCGUCAAAUAUUUGCUGAAGCUGCACAAAGGCAGCCAGCGAUCAUCUUUAUCGACGAGCUGGAUGCACUUUGUCCGAAGAGAGAGGGAGCACAGAACGAGGUGGAGAAACGAGUGGUCGCGUCACUGCUCAUGCUCAUGGAUGGCAUUGGAUCUGAAAGUCACAGUGGCUCUCUGCUAGUCCUGGGAGCCACUAAUAGGCCUGACGCGCUGGACCCGGCUCUGCGGCGCCCGGGUCGCUUUGAUCAGGAGCUGGAGGUGGGUGUGCCGUCAGCACAGGGGCGUCUGGAUAUCCUACACAAGCAGCUGCACUCCGUCCCCCAUAACAUCACCGCUGAGGAGCUGCAGGAACUAGCUGAUGCGGCGCAUGGAUACGUCGGAGCUGACCUCGCUGCUGUGUGCAAGGAAGCUGGGCUCCAUGCAUUAAGAAGAGUGCUCUUGUCCGCUCCAGGCAUCGCUGAUAAAGACCUGAUGGACAGAGUGAAGGUCACAACCUCUGACCUCCGACUGGCCAUGACUCAAGUUAAACCCAGCGCUAUGAGGGAAGUGGCCAUCGAUGUGCCAAAGGUGUGCUGGAGUGAUGUAGGAGGAAUGGAGGACGUGAAGCUAAAGCUGAAGCAGGCUGUCGAGUGGCCUUUGAAGCACGCAGAGGCUUUCUCGCGCCUCGCCAUAACACCCCCGAAAGGUGUGCUGCUGUACGGACCGCCUGGAUGCUCCAAGACCAUGAUUGCGAAAGCGCUUGCUAAUGAGAGCAAACUCAAUUUCAUUGCUGUAAAGGGUCCUGAAUUACUAAGUAAAUACGUUGGCGAGUCCGAGAGAGCUGUGAGGGAGGUUUUUCGGAAAGCCCGGGCCGUAGCUCCUUCCAUUGUUUUCUUUGACGAGAUUGAUGCUCUGGCUGUAGAAAGAAGCAGCUCGUCCCGCUCCACUGGAGUGGCCGAUCGGGUGUUGGCGCAGUUGCUAACCGAGAUGGAUGGCAUCGAGCAACUCAAAGACGUUACAGUUCUUGCCGCCACCAACAGACCAGACAUGAUCGAUAAGGCUCUCAUGCGUCCUGGACGUUUAGAUCGGAUCGUGUACGUUCCUCUACCCGAUGCAGCGACUAGGAGAGAAAUCUUCAGUCUGCAGUUUCAUAAAAUGCCUGUGCAUCCCAGCGUGGACCUGGAGUACCUUGUGACUCAAACAGAACGCUACUCAGGAGCAGAGGUUACCGCAGUGUGUCGCGAAGCCGCACUUUUUGCCCUGCAGGAGGACAUUAAAGCUGAACACAUCACUGUCAGCCAUUUUGAAUCCGCCCUGGCAGUCAUAAAGCCUCGGGUGCCGGAUUCGCUUCUUCGGUUAUACGCUGACUACCAGCGGCAGCACGGCUCUGGAUCCUUCUGCUGACAUUGUUUUGUGUGUGUGUGUGUGUGUGUGUGUGGGUGAUAAUACAGUAAUAAACACUGUGAUCAGUUUAUACUAUACUUGCAUCAUAGCAUGUAAUCUUUAAAAGAAUAAAAUAUUCCAACAGAAA